UUAAAGUGACAUUUUCUCUACGGCUGUCAGAUUGACAACAUUUAAAUACUUAUAUGGGCUUUUUUAAAAAUGUUAUUCGCUUUGUUACAAUAAAAUAUCAAAUUCAUAUAGAUAGGUUGAACUAUAUACAACGCCAAAUGAGUUAUAACAAUUUUAUGCAAUAAUGUAAUAAUCAAUUUGAAACGAUAAAUAUGUUACAACUGUUGUAUAAAAAUAGAGUAAAAUAGAGUAAAAUGACUAACGAUAGAAUAAAUUUAUUCCCUAAGAAAUCAGAAUGCAGUUAUGUUUCAUGCUAUUGUGAGGAAAAUGUUUGGAUGCUUUGUGAUAAAGUGGGCAAAGAAAACGUGGAAGAGUUGAGUAGGUGCUACGCAGUUUUCGUAUCGAAUGAAGGACGAACGGUUCCGUUAUGGCGACAAAAGGCAGGUCAUGGAGAUGACCAUAUUGUUAUGUGGGACUAUCAUGUGUUUUUUAUACACUCUACUCCAGCACAGUGUCUCGUAUUUGAUUUAGAUUCCCAGUUACCAUUUCCCACUCAUUUUCAUAAAUAUGUGACGGAAACGUUUCGAUCAGAUUUGGCAUUGAAUCCAGAACACCAUAGAUUUUUUCGUGUCAUACCAGCUGAUCAGUUUAUAAGUAGUUUUGCAUCUGAUCGCAGGCACAUGUUGAGACCAGAUGGCACUUGGCUUAAACCACCUCCUUUGUAUGAGUGCAUUUCUUGUAAAGAAGUGGGACAAAUUAAUCAGGAUAUUGUAAAUGAUCUUCAAUCGCUUCGUGCGGAAGUGGCUACAUUGAGAAAGGAAGCACUUGCUACCAAAACAGAAUUAUAUAAAAUCAGAGCAAAUGUAUCCAAAAUUGCUGGACAAACUACGUAA